AUGGUGAAUUUGCUGUUGGCAGCGACCUGUCUGCUUCCCUUGGCGCAGGCAUUCCAGUAUACGCCUUUGCAACUGGCAUAUCCUGAGCUGCGCGCAAAGCGACAACAACAAUUGACCCCAGACGCCGCAGUGAAAUCGCAAUUGACAACGGCUGAAUACCCUGCGCACUAUCUCUCGGUGCCAGUGGACCAUUUCCAUAAUGACUCGCGCUAUGCGCCGCACAGCAACGACCGUUUCGACCUGCGGUACUGGUUUGACGCUCAACACUACCAGGAAGGGGGUCCGGUGUUUGUGAUCGCUGCCGGAGAAACCGAUGCGACCGCUCGAUUCCCUUUCUUAUCGCAGGGCAUUGUCACCGAACUGGCGGCUGCAUAUCACGGCAUUGGAGUCAUUCUCGAGCAUCGUUAUUACGGCGAAAGUUACCCGGUAGACGAUCUGACGACGGAGAAUAUCCGAUUUCUCUCCACCGACCAGGCGUUGGCCGAUUAUGCAUACUUCGCUUCCAACGUCGUCUUUCCCGGCCUGGAGCAUGUAAAUCUCACUGCUAAAACGACUCCCUGGAUCGCCUAUGGUGGAUCGUAUGCCGGCGCCUUUGUCGCCUUCCUGCGCAAGCUCUACCCCGACGUCUACUGGGGCGCUGUUUCUUCUUCGGGCGUCACCGAAGCCAUCAUAGAUUUCUGGCAAUACUACGAGCCGAUCCGCAAAUUUGGCCCGUCCGAUUGCAUCUGGGCAACCCAAACCUUCAUCGACGUUGUAGACCGCAUCCUAAUCGACCAUGCCGAUAAUAAAACGCUAGCCCAACAGCUUAAAUCUUCAGUGGGAGUCAGUCCCGACAAGGACGAUGUCUCGUUCGUUUCGCUCCUUUCGUACGGUCUCGAUAGUUUCCAAUCACGCAACUGGGAUUCCAAUAUCGGUAGCUCGUUCUUCCGAACCUAUUGUGAUAACAUUACCAGCACCAACUUGCUGUACCCCGACACCGAGGCCGUAAAACCCACUAUCCAGGAGCUUAUCGAGGUGGCCGGGUACGACUCAUCCAAUUCGAGCUUCGUGAACGGUUUCUUGAACCACAUUGGCUUUCUCAACCAGUCCUUUUCCAGCGACACCGAAACCGAAAGCUCCGACGCAUCCGACUCAAACUCGCUCCCCAAAAGCGACGGUAUCAGUUGGGAAUAUCAGGUGUGCACUGAAUGGGGCUAUUUCAUGUCCGGUGCGUCCGUACCGAAAGAUAUCAUGCCUCUGAUCUCGCGCGUUUUGGAUAUUGCAAGCGUAUCAACCUUCUGUGAAACGACAUAUGGAAUCACCGCUCCGCCCAACGUCACGAACAUCAACAAACACGGCGGGUUCAACUUUUCUUACCCCCGAGUAGCCAUCAUCGAUGGUCUGGCAGACCCCUGGCGUGAUGCGACACCGCACGCCGAUGGCACGCAGGAGAGGGAAUCCACCGAUGACGAGCCAUUUAUUUUGAUCGAUGUCCCGGCUGAGGAUGUAUGGGAUGGUGUCCGGGGUGCAGUACACCACUGGGAUCAGAAUGGUCUUUCUAAGAAUGAUGAGGAUAAGGGCCAAGAGCCUCCGGCGGCUAUUGUGGAGGUGCAGAAAGAGGUUCUGCGGUUUGUCGGCGUGUGGCUGGACCAAUGGAAGCAGCGGUCUAGAGGUUCCUCUCGAUUAGUUGGGGGGAUUCGAGGAGGCCCUGGGCGUAGCCAAAUGCCACUCUAA